AUGUCUGAACGUGGGAAGAAAACUGGAAAGCUCCUCCUUGUGCCAAAGAAAACCAAAUCAGCUAAGGCUGGUCUGCAGUUCCCCGUGGGCCGUGUCUACAGGUUCCUUAAAAGAGGGAACUAUGCUGACAGGAUUGGUCCUGGUGCUGCCAUCUACAUGGCUGCGGUGCUGGAGUACCUGAGCGCCGAGAUCCUGGAGCUGGCAGGGAAUGCUGCACAGGAAAACAAGAAAUCCAGGAUCCUGCCCAGGCACAUCCAGCUGGCUGUGAGAAAUGAUGAUGAGCUGAACAAGCUCUUCUCCUCUGUGACCAUUGCUCAAGGAGGGGUGUUACCUAAUGUUCUUCCUGAGCUCCUUCCUAAGAAGACUGUCUCACUUAAGCCACCCCACAAAUGUGUCCAGUCACAGGAGUUCUAG